UUCACCUCCACCUCUGCCGCCUCCUCCACCUCGUCCUCCCCAGCCUCCGAGCUGCCCUCUGUGGCCCCCGCCCCCCGCUGCCAACACACCAGCAAGACCUUCACCGGCCUGAGGAUCUUCAGCAGGAGCCAGAGAGGAGCAUUUCUGAAGUCUGCGCCGUCUCUCCGCCCAACAUGGACACUUUUUUCCGACGUCACUUUAAGAGGAAGGAAUCUGCUCUGCAAGUGGAUGCAGAAGCCAAAUCCUGCCAACAGCGGAGGCCCAGCGUGGCCAUCCCGACCAGCAAGGCUCGCCGGAGGUCCAGCGUCGGUCUGCCUUCCUCCAUGUUGACCCAGAGGCGGCGCUCCAGCGUCCAGCUGCAGGUGGGGCUACCGUGUGCAGGAGGCGGGCGUCUGGCAAAAACCGCCAGGCACAACAGGUGGGCGGGACAUGUCCGCAGGCGCUCCAGCACCACCACCCCCAACCUCAACCCGAGGUUUGCCGUCCGCAGGAAGAAGGUGGGGAAGCUGCGGACCAUCGACACCCACCUGCUGGGGCCGUCCAUGCUGCUCGCCAGUCUGAUCCAGAUGGCCGAGGAGGACGAGGAGGAGGGCAUGGGGGCGGGGUUACCUGCUGAAGAACAGCAGGUUGAGGUGAGGGGUGGGCCCAACAACAGGAGGAUGUUUUCACGCUCCAGCAGCCUCCACUCAGACGGAGACGAUGACAGCAGCGAUUACUCCUCUGCCAACGACAGCCAAUCAGAAGCCAGUCAGCUGUCUGAGGCGGAGCAGCUGGCCGAAGAGGAGGACGACACCUCCUGGUCUCCUGAUCAAAAUUUCUCCUCCUCCUCAACCCCCUCCUCCGCUAUGGAGGUGAUGAGAGAAACUCCCCAGCCUCCGUCAACAUCUCGGCCCCUGAUCAGGGCCCCUCGCUGCUUGCGGAGAAACUCCUCUCACGUUUUUCCGGGAGACUCUGCUCCCUACAGCCGCUAUCGUGCCUCCAGCCAGAGGAAGAGGAGAAAGAUCUCCACCAUCUCCAAGGCUGGGAGCCCCUGGCCAGGAAGAGGCCCCCCGCUGCCCAGCCGCAAGACUUCAGUCUACUACCUCAACCACCCAGCCUUCUACAGGGGCCCCGGAGCCCUCAACCUGCUGGGGGCCCACAGCUACGAGUCCCACCUGGAGAGCUGGAGUGACUUCCUGCUGAAAGCCAUUGCGAAAUCAGGCCUGCAGCAUGUUCCGACUCAGCCUGACGUCGCGACGUCCGGACAGACUGACCCCCUGCAGGAGCCCAACAGCACCGUCGACUGGAGCGACAACGCCCUGUUUGGGGACCACAUCUGGUUUGAGACCAGCGGCUCUGGAGACUUCUGUUACGUUGGAGAGCAGUACUGCAUCGCUAAAUCACUGCAAAAGUCAGUGGCGAGGAAGAAAUGCGCUGGAUGUAAGAUAUCGGUCCACACCAUGUGCAUGCAGCAGCUGGAGAAGAUUAAUUUCAGGUGCAAGCCGUCGUUUAGGGAACCAGGAUCUCGUGCUGUUCGGGAGUCCAACGUUGUGCGACACCACUGGGUCCACAGGAGGCGUCAGACGGGGAAGUGUCGACAGUGUGGGAAGGGAUUUCAACAGAAGUUUUCAUUUCACAGCAAAGAGAUUGUCGCCAUCAGCUGCUCGUGGUGCAAACAGGCGUAUCACAACAAGGUGACGUGCUUCAUGCUGCAGCAGAUAGAGGAGUGCUGCUCUCUGGGAGCUCAUGCUGCUGUCAUCAUCCCUCCUACCUGGAUCAUCAGGGUCCGCAGAACACAGUCGUCUCUAAAGUCCAGUAAAAAGAAGAAAAGGACGUCGCUGAAAUGCAACAAGUCGAGCAAGAAGGGAGCCGAGGUCCAAGAUGGCCGCUGGAAGCCCUUCCUGGUGAAGCCUCUCCCGUCUCAGCUCAUGAAGCCUCUGCUGGUGUUUGUUAACCCCAAGAGUGGAGGAAACCAGGGAGCCAAGAUCAUCCAGUCUUUCAUGUGGUACCUGAACCCUCGGCAGGUGUUUGACCUGACAAAGGGAGGCCCCAGAGAGGGGUUGGAGCUGUAUGCCAAAGUGCCCAACCUGAGGAUCCUGGCCUGCGGGGGCGACGGGACAGUGGGCUGGAUCUUGUCAGUACUGGACCUUCUGAAUCUCCGUCCUCAGCCUCCGGUGGCCAUCCUUCCUCUGGGGACCGGCAACGACCUGGCGAGGACUCUCAACUGGGGCGGGGGUUACACUGACGAACCCAUCACGAAGAUCCUUUCACACGUCGAGGACGGAAACGUCGUCCAGCUGGACCGAUGGAACCUGAACGUGGAGGCGAACCCCGAGGCCCGGCCGGAGGACAGGGACGAACAUCAGACAGACAAGCUUCCUAUCGACGUCUUCAACAACUACUUCAGUCUGGGCUUCGAUGCUCACGUCACCCUGGGCUUUCAUGAAUCUAGAGAGGCGAACCCAGAGAAGUUUAACAGCCGCUUUAGGAAUAAGAUGUUCUAUGCAGGGACGGCCUUCUCAGAUUUCCUGAGCGGGAGUUCGAAAGACCUCGCCAAGCACAUCAGAGUAGUGUGUGACGGUACAGACCUGACAACCAAAGUCCAGGAGAUGAAGUUACAGUGUCUGCUCUUCCUCAACAUCCCCAGGUACUGUGCCGGCACCAUGCCGUGGGGUCACCCCAGCGAGCACCAGGACUUUGAACCGCAGCGUCACGACGACGGCUGCAUCGAGGUCAUCGGCUUCACCAUGACGUCUCUGGCCACGCUGCAGGUGGGCGGUCACGGUGAACGACUCCAUCAGUGCAAAGAGGUGACCCUCACCACCUUCAAGUCCAUCCCCAUGCAGGUGGACGGAGAACCCUGCAAGCUGGCACCGUCCAUCAUCCACAUCAACCUGAGGAACCAGGCCAACAUGGUGCAGAAGGCCAAGAGGAGGAUCUCCAUGCCCCACCUCAACGAUCAGCAGCCCCUUCCUGAGAAGCUGCAGAUCAGAGUGAACAGGAUCAGCAUGGCGGCGUACGAGGCUCUGCAUUACGACAAGGAGCAGCUGAGGGAGGCCUCGACGCCGCUGGGAGUGAUCACCGUCCCCGGAGACAGCGACCUGGAGACCUGCCGCCUGCUGAUCGAGCGUCUGCAUGAAAACCUGGACCAGGACUGCUGCGAUGCGAUGAAGGGGGAGUGCCUGUCCUCUCAGAAGCUGUCCAUGAAGUGGUGUUUCCUCGACUGUACAACCGCAGAUCGUUUCUACAGGAUCGACCGAGCUCAGGAGCACCUGAACUACGUGACGGAGAUCUCUCAGGAGGAGCUGUACAUCCUGGACCCGGAGCUGGUCGUAAAGGAGACGGUGGGCACCUCCCCCGGCAUGCCUGACCUGGUGGACUCCGAGGAGCACAAGGACCAGCAGAGACAGUUCACCUUCUCCUGCUCCCCGUCCUCGCCCAAAUCCUCAACCACAGCGAGGGCCAGAGACUUUCAGAGGAAGAGGAUUUCCAGCGACAGUUCGGUGGCUGAUGCUUUGUCCCAGAGCUCCUCUAAGAGUGCCCUCUGCAGGAGGGGGGCAAAGAUUGUCAAUGUCCAUCGCUCCAAUACGACGCUCGCUGAUUUCAGACCCAUCAUUAGUCCUCCCAGAGCUACCUCACACGACCCCGAGAAAGACGCAGAGUUGAUCAGCUGCAUCAAAACUGAAGACCUGAACAGACUGACGGAGCUCCACCAGCAGGGGGCGGACAUCCUGCUGCAGGACGCCGCCGGCUGCACGCUGCUGCAUCACGCGGUGGAGGCCGGCAGCAAGGAGAUCCUCAAGUACCUCAUCGACAACGUGCCCACAUCUCACCUGGACAUCACCGAGAGGGAGACAGGUGAGACGGCGCUCCACAAAGCCGCCUCGUCCUGUCAGAGGAGCAUCUGUCACUACCUGGUGGAGGCCGGGGCGUCGCUCAUGAAGACGGACCUGCAGGGUGAGACGCCCAAACAGCGCUCUGAGAAGGCCAACGACCAGGAACUGGCAGAAUAUCUGGAGAAUCGCCAACAUUACCAGAUGAUCCAGAGAGAAGACCACGAGACGGCGGUCUGAAGGCCUCCUGUCUGUCCAAAACAUCUGUCUGUCCUUAGCUCUUUCAUUUAUUUACUCCUUUGUCCCCACGAACACCGAUAGCCGGGGUCAAAGGAGAACAGUUAGUGUUCCUGUAGAGACGGCGACACAUCAGCCUGCGCUUCUCAGCUGUAACGCAGCAGGAGGCCUGUGGACAGAAAAAUCUGAUUAUCAUCAUUUUCUUCCUCAAACUGCUUUAACUGACGAGAGAUGAUGCUUUGUUACAGAUAAAGUCGGGUUUGUAGAAGCCUGAAAACGUCCCUGUCCAAACUAAAGAACAGAGAAGCCUCUGGACACUAAAGUGAAUCCAAACUUGUCUCUUUGGACCACAAAGACUUUCAGAUCUCCAACAAACUGCGUUUCUGAACGUGGCUUCAUCGACUAAACUCUGUGUUAAAUGACGGAUGCGUGUAGAUAAAGUGCUGUUGGAGAGAAACGACAGCUGCUCUGACUGAACAGUGACUGUAUUCAUGUGUCUGCAGCUGAACGCGAUGAAACUAGAAGCUUUCGCCAUUUCACAUAGAACGGCUGCAAAAAAAAAAAAAAAACGUGUCUUCUCUCGAGCUUAUAGUGACCUUUUGGAUGUAUUUGUUUACUCAACAGAAAUAAGUGUUUUAACUAAGAUACUGAUUAAUUUAGCUAUUUAUGAUUUACUUGUAGAGAUAAAACACAUUUUGCUUGAUAUCAAACGCGGUGAAGCGACUCGAAUUUUAAACUUUUCAGUCAACAUAUUUUUGUUUUUGUAACUGUUUGUCUGUUACAUAAGUGUAAAGCAAGUGUUUGCCAGCAGGAAGCUUUGGUUCUGAUGUAUCUGCUGUGUAAAUGGAGGUUUUAAACGGCAGCAGCUGAAGCCAGAUUCUGCCAAAGCAGUCAAGUCCGCAUUAAUUAUAAUUAAUGACAUUAUACUGUAUGAUAUUGGAGGAAUAACUGUUUGGUUUUAUCAUUUGAGUGACCUGCAAUAAAGCAUGUCUGUACAGUU